AUGCGCCAAAACGAUGCCCUGGAUUAUGGAACAGAGUUAGCAGAACCAAGGAAUAAAACCCUUUACAAUUAUGACAAUCUGGUCUCCAGUAUAACAUUGAUCAACAAGGUGUUGGGCAUCAAAGCAACGACUGUAGCACAUCGGACUCGCGGUAUACAUGAUAUUGACGAAGAAAUCAGAUGGAAAGAUCGGCUAGAUCUUGAUGUUCACGACUCGGGUGGUUUCGAGGCGUGUGACCGAGACGAACUAAGUUAUGCUCAGAACUUUCCAAAGAAGAGUUCCGCUGAGACGGACUUCAAAGAGUGA